GCGUGGCCUUCCUCCAACCUACUCCGGUCCAACAUGGCUCCACGGUUGUGCAUCAUCUCUGCAGCGGCACAGUGGCUGCUGAGGAAGCCGGGACCCCGUGCUGGGGACCUCGCGGCUGCGGGUGCUGUGCGCUUCUAUUCUAAGGACAGUGAAGGCAGCUGGUUCCGCUCCCUCUUUGUUCACAAGGUGGACCCCCGGAAGGACGCCCACUCCACUCUGCUGUCCAAGAAGGAGACUAGUAACCUCUACAAGAUCCAGUUUCACAACGUGAAGCCGGAAUGUCUGGAUGCCUACAACAGUCUGACGGAGGCCGUGCUGCCCAAGCUGCACCUGGACGAGGACUACCCCUGCUCGCUUGUGGGCAAUUGGAACACGUGGUACGGGGAGCAGGACCAGGCAGUGCACCUAUGGCGGUUCUCAGGUGGCUAUCCGGCCCUCAUGGACUGCAUGAACAAGCUGAAAACCAACAAGGAGUACCUGGAGUUCCGGAAGGAGCGGAGCAAGAUGCUGCUGUCUAGGAGAAACCAGCUGCUUCUGGAGUUCAGCUUCUGGAAUGAGCCACAACCCAGAGCUGGCCCCAACAUCUAUGAGCUGAGGACAUACAAGCUCAAGCCAGGAACCAUGAUUGAGUGGGGAAAUAACUGGGCUCGGGCCAUUAAGUACCGUCAGGAGAACCAGGAGGCCGUGGGAGGCUUCUUUUCACAAAUAGGAGAGCUCUACGUGGUUCACCACUUAUGGGCCUACAAAGAUCUGCAGUCUCGGGAGGAGACUCGAAAUGCAGCCUGGAGGAAGCGGGGCUGGGAUGAAAAUGUCUACUAUACAGUCCCCUUGGUUCGACACAUGGAGUCCCGAAUCAUGAUCCCUCUGAAGAUCUCUCCUCUCCAGUGACGCCCGCACUGCCUCUACCUUCUUCCCUUUGGAGUAACCUGGAACAGGGGAGCAUCCAGGCGGCUGCCAUGGUAUCCUCUCAGCUCCGGAAGGCUGCUGACGGGCAGUGUUCAGCUUAGACAACGAUGCUGCUUCCAAGAACCUAAUCUGUCUAUACCUAUCCCACCUCUCUCCCGUGCUGGAAGAUGUUUCUAAUCCCCUAAUGCAGACUAGAAACCUUUGAAGCAUUCACAUGUUUCCCUGUAAGAUCCCUCAUUUCCAGGCAUCAAGUCCCCAGCUAACACUGUGGACAUGGCUUAGUUGCAUAAAAGCUGACAUGACUAGUAGUUAGGUGGGGUGUAAAGGAUGUCAGACCAGGUAUGGCCCCCAGGAACUCCCUGGUCUGUAUUUGUUUAAAAGAAAAAGCAAGUCUGAGCCUUAAAAACCUUGGCACUGCCAUAAACUCCGAAAUCAUCAAAGUCAGGAGGAGAUCCAGAAUUCUGUUUAGAGGGGUUGGGAAAGGAUGGAAGUGAGAGUGAUUUAAAGACAGACUUGAAGCAGGAAUCCUUCAGAUAAUGCUGGCUCAUAGGUAGGAUUCAGAAUGCGAGUUUGAAACACAGAGUUGGGAAGACAGAACAGAGAUGACAGAAGACCUCAGGGAGAGGCCUCUGUUCCUGGAUAGAGGGAGAGGCUCAUCCAUUGUUUCCCACACAGUGCAGUUAAAACUUGAACAUGUGCUCCAGCUCCUGUCCUCCUUCCUCCAGGCAAGAAUGCAGGCUGAGACUCAAAGUCCCACCUUGAAUUUCUCUCCCCCAGCCUGACAUUGUGUCAGCCAAACCCUCAUUUUGCAGAACCACCAGGUCUGUGGAGAGGGUUCAGUGAUUCUGGGGUCUCUCCAAUGACCCCCAUACCUCAUGAACCCCUGCUUAGCAUGGUUUUGUUACCAUACCAGGAAUAUACUGGAACAGUUGAUGGAACCAAAUUAAAUAUUUACUCUUAA